AUGAGGCCCCAGGUGCUGCUCGCCGUGCUAGCCGUCGUCACCGACGUCGCAACAGCUCUGCCCCGAGCCCACAACCAAGGCGCGACGCUGUGCUAUGACAAGUGCGGCAUCUGCACCAGGUCCUGCCCGCCGCAGUGCAGAUGCAUGGACGUCGCGCUGACCGGUUGCAUCCCGGCAUGCAAGACCUGCGCCAAGUCCACCGUCGACGGCCACGACAGCUUCCAAUGCAAGGGUCUCAUCACCAACUUCUGCAAGACCUGCUACCCUAAGGCCACAUGA